AUGGCGAGCAGCGUGGACGAGGAGGCGCUGCACCAGCUCUACCUGUGGGUAGACAACAUCCCUCUGUCCCGGCCCAAGCGAAACCUCUCCCGGGACUUCAGUGACGGAGUCCUGGUUGCAGAGGUCAUCAAGUUUUACUUCCCCAAGAUGGUGGAGAUGCACAAUUAUGUCCCUGCCAACUCUCUCCAGCAGAAGCUCAGCAACUGGAGUCACCUGAACAGGAAGGUACUGAACAAGCUGAACUUCUCGGUACCGGACGACGUGAUGCGCAAGAUCGCGCAGUGCGCCCCCGGCGUGGUGGAGCUGGUGCUCAUCCCACUGAGGCAGCGCCUGGAGGAACGGCAGAGGCGCCGGAAGCAGGGCUCGGGCUCCUUACAGGAGCUGGCUCCCCAGGAUGGCAGAGGCUACAUGGAUGUGGGUUUAUCCCAGAAGGCCCGAGGUGAAGGUGCCCCGGACCCCCAGGGAGGGGGGCAGCUCAGGGAGGCUCGGCCACCUGCACCCCGGCCUCCUGAGUAUAGCCAGGCGCUGCAGGGCGACCCAAGCUUCGUCCUCCAGAUCGCUGAAAAGGAACAGGAGCUAUUGGCCUCGCAGGAGACAGUGCAGGUCCUGCAGAUGAAGGUCAGACGCCUGGAGCACCUGCUCCAGCUUAAGAACGUGCGCAUCGACGACCUCUCGAGGCGGCUCCAGCAAGCGGAGCGUAAACAGCGGUGA